GAUGCACGGUUUUACCAAUGAGUACUCUUAACGAAACAAUAUGCAGAUGCCCCAAUCCCUCGACAGGGAGUAUUUUUGCAUCCACUUUCUACGUACCGCCCAACAUGAUUGAUUUCAACACUGUGUGGAGUAAAUUCGAUCCUUCAAAUGCAGCUGUUUAUGGAACCGUUAUUGCUCUUCUAGUAAUAUACGUCAUAGCAGCGAUCUUUUUACGACGGGAAGACAAAAAGGAUAUUGAAAGGUGGGCCAUCCAUUUCCUGGUGGACAGUGACUCUACUGAUGAGUAUUUCUACAUGAUAACAGUACAAACCGGCCUCAGACGUGGGGCAGGGACAAAGUCCGUGGUCAAUUUUGUCCUGGCGGGCGAGGAAGACGACUCGGGCGUGAGAAUCCUCAGCGACGGUGUAAAAGAGGGAUUCGACACUGGAAGUGCAAAGAAGUUUAUUAUGGGUACGAAGGAGAAACUUGGUGGAUUAACUUACAUACGUAUAUGGCAUGAUAAUUCUGGGUCUGGCGACUAUCAGAACUGGUAUCUCAACAAAAUUGUAGUGGACGAUCCUCAAACAAACACCAGAUAUGUCUUCCUUUGUGAUCGGUGGCUGGCAUUGGAUCAAGACGAUGGACAGGUGGACAGAGUUGUCCCGGUUUGUGGAAGGGAUAAUCUGGUGGCCUUCAAUACUCUAUUUGCCCAGCAUGCUCAGUUCAAUUUAACAGAAAACCACCUUUGGCUUUCCCUUAUGAUCCGUCCAGAAAGAAGUCCAUUCACAAGGGUUCAGCGGCUAUCCUGUUUGCUUGCUCUGUUGUUUUUAACAAUGAUUGCAAACGCUAUGUUCUUCAAAUCAUCCUCAGAGGAACAAAGUAGUAACGAAGUCCAGAUUGGGUUCCUACGAUUCUCUCUGUCAACGGUUUAUGUGUCUAUAAUUGGCAUUGUUUUAACUACGCCUCCCAUUAUGUUUGUUACAAUGGUAUUCAAAAAAUGUAAACCGAAGGUUGAAAUAAAACACAAAAAUAAGAAAAAGGCCGAGGAGCUUGACAUGAAGGUCAGAAAAAACAUGGACAUGGAAUUGAAAAAGAGAGCCUUUAAUGGCGAGGAUUUUUUCACCAAAGAUCAUCUCCCGUUACCACACUGGAUGACUUACGUUGCUUGGGUCGUCGUUUGGCUAGCUGUGAUAACAUCGGCAUUUUUCCUCAUUCUCUACAGUAUGGAAUGGGGGAAAUCAAAAGCGGAAGAAUGGCUUUCUUCCUUUUUCCUUUCAUUCUUUGAAUCCUUGAUUUGUGUUGAUCCUUUGAAGGUAAUAAUAAUAGCAGUUCUACUUGCAAUGCUUUUCAAACAACCGGCAGAUGGUGAAACUCCUAAGAUGGAUUUAAACAAGCUGAAAGCGACGGCUUCUCAGUACAAUGCCGGAUCAGAGCGCAGUUAUAUGGCUUUCGUAAAUGGAAUAUUUAACAAAUCAGAACCGCCGCCUCAAUCAGAUCUGGAAAAGCUCAGACAGAAAAGAAAACAAGAACUUAAAGCACAGGAGGCGCUGAUGAACCUGAUAUUUUACGCCGUCUUCAUGUUUGUUAUCUACAGUAUCAGCUACGUUGAGCGAGACCAUAGAGCGUUUUUCUUGAAGUCCAACGUAGAUAAUUACUUGGUUGGACAUGGCAAUGGACAGCUAGGGUUCUCAGGGAUCAACAAAACUGCCGACCUCUUCUCUUGGUUGAAUCAGACAUUCAUCCCUACUUUUUACCCUGAGAACCAUUAUUCCGGUGCCAGUCUGGGAGUCCAAGAUAAGAAAUAUUUUGGGGAUCUGGCAAGUAUUCGUGUAGGCCCUGCAAGACUCAGACAAGUCCGUAUGACUAAAGGGGAAUGCGAUUACCAGAAAUUAACAUGGCCACGCUAUUGUGUCGAUUACUACAACAUGUAUCAAGAAGACGAAAGAGAGUACUGUCUUGGUUGGUACCCAUAUAACGCCACUGUUUGUGACACUAAAGUUUAUAAGGACCAAUUCCAAACGGCUGCUGCAUGGAGAUUUACAAAGUCCAUUGACGUCUGGGGUCUUCCAUUAACAGGCGAAUACAAUACCUACGGAGGUGGUGGAUAUAUCCUUAAAUUACCAUCAAGUAGACUUGCAGCCCAAAUUCUAUUGAAAGAACUUCAACACUACAACUGGAUUGACAGAGGAACACGUGCUAUUUUAGUGGAAUUUACUAUCUACAAUCCCAAUGCUAAUCUGUUUACAUAUGUUACUUACAUAACAGAAAUAACAGAAAUGGGUGGUUCCUUUACCUGGACUGAGACAAAUCCAUUCAGACCGAUUGUUUCUCUCAAUGCUAUGGGAACGUUUGCUAUCAUAUGCUAUUGUGUAUACGUUUUGUACCAGCUUAUUCUAACUUUCAACACGCUAAAAGGGAUUCGAAGGGAUGGACUCUGUAAAUACUAUAAGGUGGUCUGGAAUGUAGUGGAUACGAUAUGCUUGAUCUUGGGAUACAGUGCUGUCACAAUCUUUAUUCUCAGACUGUCUUACACGAACCAGGCAAUGGACGUAUUUUACGACGACAAGCUUACAGGAGAAAAUAAUUUCAUCAAUUUCUUUCAUAUUGUCGUGUGGGACAUGCUCUUUAACAUCCUAAUGUCCAUACUCGUGUUUAUUGCAACACUGAGAAUAUUAAGAAUCCUUGGAUAUAACCAAAAACUGACGGAAAUAAUAACCGUUGUCACUAAUGCAGCUAAAGAAAUCAUUGGUUUCGGUGUUGUUUUUGGAAUGGUAUUUGGGGGAUACGUCAUUUUUGGGUAUCUUAUUUUCGGGCGUUCCCUUUACGAAUACAGAAGCAUUUUCACUUCUUGGGGAACUCUCACUAACGCUUUAAUUGGCAAGAACAGCUUGGAUACCAUGAUCAAUGCAGCCCCACAACUUGCACAAUUUUACUACUUUACAUAUGUUUUCUGUGUCCUUUUCACGCUUAUUACCAUGUUUGCUGCUAUUCUGAACAAGAGUAUUACCGAGGUCAGAAAUGAAUCAGCCGCACAAGGAGAUCAAUUUGGUAUUGUUGACAUGCUGACAAAGUCUUUUAAGGACAUCAUUGGUAUUGCAUACAAAACUGACGGAACAAUGUCUAAAAAUGCAGAGGCAAAGAAAAAAUACAUGCAAAGUAUUGGUAUGAACGCUAAGUUUGAUGCUCCUAACAUUCUGCGACUGGUACGCACUACCCUAGGUGAAGUCAACAACGGAGAGCAACAACACAUGGAGAAUUCCAACUCAGAAAGCCUUCUUCUAAAUAAGUUGGAUCCGGACUCACAAAGUAGAUCUAUCUCAAGGGCAUCCGGAGCGGAAACUCCAGGGGACAUAAGUCUGGCUUUCUAUGAUACCAAGCGUUAACUAUAACCUCCGAAAUCUUCUGUAGAUUUUACUGACUUUAGUCAUUUAUGUCUGCAUUUGUUACAUAUUCCAUUCAAAUUACAUUGGUGUUAAAGAUGACUAUAUUUUCGUAUUGUUAAUUUGAAUUUCAUUCCCGGAUGCAAAUAUUUACAUUGACUGACUGAUAUUGAUUUUUAAAAUUGUUUUCUACCUAGAGAACUACUGUUUUUACUGCGAAACAAUAUGCAUUAUUGAUUAAAAGAGUGUGCCAGUAUUUUCUUACAUAGCACGUAUCUAUCUAUGUACUUUUGUCAUGUUUAUAUAGCAGAAUAGUCUGUGUGUAAGAAAUGUUAACGUCUUAUUGUUUUAACAUUGUUAGUUUCUU